AUGCAAUUCUCACUCUUCAUUUACAGCCUCACGGCUCUUUCUCUCGGCGCCCUCGCCGUUCCCACACAAGACCCAAAGACCAAGGACUUGAUAAAAGAUAAGAACACGACUUGCUUCAAGGACCUGGACGCAGUCAACGCUGGAACAGGCGAUGACACGGCUACUGCGGCCGCAUGCGAUAGCGCAAUGGCUGAAUGUGGCGCCGGCCUCGACUACAUCGGAUACGCAUAUACCAACUCUGGCUCUCUGACCGUACAGUGUCCCUUCUUGUGCUCCACGAGGCGAUGGCUGACUGGGGAUCAUCAGUGUUCAUAUGACCCGAAGACUUGCAAGCAUGCUCAGAAGCAUAUUGAGAAUAUCUGUAAAAAGGAAUACGACAUGGUUGGAUACACUUCGCACAAUCUCAUUACUCCUGAUCCCAAGGAGGGAGGGGAAGAAAGCAACUGA